CAUAGGUCCCAGAUUCUGCUUUGUCGGAGGGGAAAUGGUGGUCAGACUAGAAAAUAUUAGGCAGAUUUUGGCGUCUCUCUUGGAACUACAUUUCCCACAAGGGUGGACUACAUCUCCCAUGAGACCCUGGGCGCGCGCGCAGAAGACGCAAAGUGACAGCUUCCUGUCUCGCGAAAAGCUGCGUGGUCGACAACCGGAAGCUGUUUUCCCUUGAACAAGCAAACUGUUUCUGCUGUCCCUCUGAUGGCUUCAAACGCUACAAAUGACAAUCUCCAGAUUCUAGAUGUUCCUCGUUGGAUUAGAGGCAUCAAGAAUAGAACCAAUUUAAGGUAGAGUGGACCUAUAUGAUUUCUUUAUCCCUGGGGUUGGUUGUCUUUUAUCAUGGCUGAAAGUGACAUAGACAGAACCCAAACUGUCAAACUCCUAAAAAGAGUACAGGAACUGGAGCAGGAGGUACAGAGACUUAAAAAAGAACAGGCCAACAACAAAGACUCAACCGUGAGAGAAAAUUCUUUAGGAGCUGGAAAAGCUAAGCGUGCAUUUGAUUUCAGUGCUCAUGGUCGAAGACAUGUAGCUCUAAAGAUAGCCUAUUUGGGCUGGGGAUACCAAGGCUUUGCCAGUCAGGAAAACACAAACAAUACAAUUGAAGAGAAACUGUUUGAGGCUCUAACCAAGACUCGACUAGUAGAAAGCAGACAGACAUCCAACUAUCACCGCUGUGGGCGAACAGACAAAGGAGUCAGUGCCUUUGGACAGGUGAUUUCUCUUGACCUUCGUUCUCACUUUCCAAAGGACAGGGCUUCAGAGGAUUGUAAUUUAAAAGAUGAAGUCAGUGAUGCUGCUAAAGAGAUCCGCUAUACCCACAUUCUCAAUCGGGUACUCCCUCCAGACAUCCGUGUACUGGCCUGGGCCCCUGUAGAACCUAGCUUCAGUGCUAGGUUCAGCUGUCUUGAGCGGACUUACCGCUAUUUUUUCCCUCGUGCUGAUUUAGACAUUGUGGCCAUGAACGAUGCAGCUCAGAAGUAUGUUGGCACACAUGAUUUUAGGAACUUAUGUAAAAUGGAUGUAGCCAACGGAGUGAUCAAUUUUCAGAGGACUAUUCUGUCUGCUCAAGUACAGCUAGUGGGCCAGAGCCUGGAUAAGGAGAGAUGGCAAGAACCUUUCCAGUUAUGUCAGUUUGAAGUGAUUGGCCAGGCAUUCCUUUAUCAUCAAGUACGCUGUAUGAUGGCUAUCCUUUUUCUGAUUGGCCAAGGAAUGGAGAAGCCAGAGAUUAUUGAUGAGCUGCUGAACAUAGAGAAAAACCCCCAGAAACCUCAGUACAGUAUGGCUGUAGAAUUUCCUCUAGUCUUGUAUGACUGUAAGUUUGAAAAUAUCAAGUGGAUUUAUGACCGAGAGGUUCAGGAGUUCAAUGUUACCCACCUACAACAACUAUGGGCUAAUCAUGCUGUGAAAACUCACAUGUUGUAUAGCAUGCUACAAGGACUGGACUGUGUUGCAGUACCCUGUGGGACAGGACCAGAGAUGGAUGGAAUGAUAGAAUGGAGAAAUGUUAAGCCCUCUGUCAUAAAGCAGACCAGUGCCUUUGUAGAAGGAGUGAAAAUGCGCACAUAUAAACCACUAAUGGAUCGCCCUAAAUGCCAAGGAUUAGAAUCCCGGAUCCAACAUUUUGUACGUAGGGGACGUAUCGAGCACCCACAUUCGUUCCUUGAGGAAGAAACAAAAGCCAAAAGGGACUGUCAUGAUAUAAUGGAGGAAGAAAAUACUCUUUUGGAGAAACCAACAAAGAGAGUCUGUGUUGACACAGAAAUUAAAACCAUCAGUUAACCAUAAGAGAAUCUAGGAGGCAACAAGCAGCUAGUGGUAGGUGGAGAGAAAGAAAUACAAGAAAAAUACAAGAAAGUACUACAAGAAGACCUAAACAUUCAGAUUAUCAGCUCUUUGAAAAAAUAAAACAAGAACCCCCCCCCCCAAAAAAACCCCAAACCAAAAGAACAUUAAGCCCUGUGAAGGAAGCUCCUACUUGAGUAAGAGAAUUCAAGCAUUCUCAUUCCUGUCCAAAAGGAUUAAGAGAUGGAAGAAGCAAAAAGCAAUUGUGAAAUGGGGUUUACAUACAUGUGGAAACCUGUGCCUCAAAUUCAUUAAAGCCUGAUCCUACAAGUGUC